UCCUUAAUCUAAACUGUACACGGAUCACAUUAAUCGCUAUAAAUAUAGAACCGAUCGUAUUCUUGUUACACAGUCGUCUAUCAUCUGUAACUGUCGAACUUCUGUCUCAUUAGCGAGCAAUUGUGUGUCGAAUUUUGAGAAGACGAAGCGAAAAGAAAAACAAUGGUUGCGAUUAAGGUAAUCUUCUGUUUAGCUGUAAUGGUAUGUCUGGCUAAUGGUGCUGUCAUAAAGUUGGAUCCAAAGAUAAGUAAAGAUACUAGUACUUAUGAAAGAGUUCUUUUAGAGAAACUUAUAGAAAAGUUUCAGUUUGAACGAAUGCUGAAGAAUAAUGAUAUCGAACCUCAGAAUGAAAUACUGGUCACUGAAGUUGCUGAAAAUAGUGAGUUGCGAAAUCUUGAACAUCUGAGGUGUUCUUGGAAUCAGAAUAUAGGGAAUUGCUGUGCCGGUCUGUUUAGACUCCCUAAAUUAUGCAUUCGAAUGGAAAUUUCAAACAGAGAGUUGCAGUUCUCAUUAACAAUUGGUGGUCAUGUGAUUCUGCGUAAAACUUUCCGAGGAACAUUUACUAAAACUUUUGAAUUCCAUUUGGGAGUUGCUUCAAUUUCAUUUACAUUGAAUGUGGAGACUUUAAGUACCCAGGAAUUUAAAGCGUGCUUCCGUAUAACCUACAAGGUUUUGUUUUUUCAUCUCUCAACUAAUCUCGGUUGUAUCCACAAAUAUUUUCAUUCCAACGAAAUUAGCCCUCCGGACAGUAUAGAAGAUUGGAAUAUAAAUGAUAAAGUUUCUUUUGGGGCACAAGUAUUUCAAGCUGACACGGCUAAGAGACUGGAAUACAUUGGCGAAAGAAACGAAAACGCAGAUUCUCUCACUUGGUCCAAAGACGCCGAGAAGUAAUGAGCGAAUUGAAAGAUAGUAGUUUUGUUAGUCUGUAUACGGUUUUAUACAGAUAAUAGAAUAAUAAUAAAAUAUAGAAAUAUAUAAAAAAAUAAAACGAUAUAAAUUUUGGGAAUAAUGCAUGAGAGGUUUUGGAAACCAAUUUGUCUUUAAUAAAUAUUUCAUUACUUUA